AGCUGCUUCAUACACUGUCACUGGUGUUGGUGUAGUACAACUUUUACUUUUUACCAUUAGUACACAGUUCACAGUUUUGGUGUUUCCACUUAGUAUUUGGGAACUCUUUCCAAGACGUUUUAUUGACUGCAGUCGAAUUAUUUUUAACCGAGAGCUUUGUGUAAGAUUUUUGUCUGAUUACUAAGAUGUCUCUAGAAGAUGUGGAAAACAUUAAAAAACGCAUCGAAAACUUCAAGAAGACUCUGAUGGAGUUAACUGAAGCGCCAGUCAUGACCGAGACGGCGGAGCAUAAAGUCCGGGAGAUGUCCGCCGAAGUGGUUGACUCGAACCCCUACAGCCGAUUAAUGGCCCUUCAACGAAUGGGCAUUGUGAAGAAUUAUGAGGAUAUCAGGAAAUACACUGUGGUCGUGGUUGGCGUCGGUGGAGUCGGCAGCGUUACUGCAGAGAUGCUUACACGUUGCGGCAUAGGAAAGUUAAUACUGUUUGACUAUGAUAAAGUAGAACUAGCUAAUAUGAACCGCCUAUUCUACCAACCAUCUCAAGCAGGUCUGAGCAAAGUUACAGCAGCUUCAAUGACAUUGACAAAAAUUAACCCUGAUGUUAAGAUUGAAACAUACAAUACAAACAUUACGUUAACCACCCAAUUUGAAGAGUUCUUGAACGUCUUAAAGACUGGAGGAAUUAAUGGUGAACGAGUUGAUUUGGUAUUGAGCUGUGUAGACAAUUACGAAGCUCGAAUGACAAUUAAUACAGCAUGCAAUGAAUUAGGAUUAAAAUGGUUUGAAUCGGGUGUUAGUGAAAAUGCUGUAUGCGGACAUAUUCAGUACAUUGUGCCUGGAGAAUCUGCUUGCUUUGCGUGUGCACCUCCAUUAGUUGUAGCUUCAGAUAUAGAUGAAAAAACAUUAAAAAAGGAUGGAGUUUGUGCAGCAAGUUUGCCGACUACAAUGGGUGUCGUUGCGGGAUUACUCGUUCAAAAUACAUUAAAGAAAUUAUUGGGAUUUGGAACAGUUUCUUGGUACUUAGGAUAUAAUGCUUUAUCUGAUUUCUUUCCAAGCAUGAUGAUUAAACCAAAUCCAAAUUGUAGUGAUAAUUUCUGUUUAAAACAACAAUCAGAGUUUAAAAAUAGAGUUAAAGAGGAACCCGAAUGCACAAAUGUAGAUCCACUUGAAGAUGUAGUUACCCACGAAAAUAAUGAAUGGGGCAUAUCAUUAGCAGAAGAUAAACCAAUAGUGUCAAAUAGUACAACUGAACUCAUUGAAACAGAAACAUCAAAAACUGAAAAUGUAAAUAAAAAUAAUAGCAUAAAGAGUGAAGAAGAAUACCUAUCACUGAAUGAUGGAAUAGAGUUUGCGUACCAAUCUGGUGAUCAAACAGCUCCAAAUGAAGAAUCUUUAGUGAAAGAAACAGAAUUAAGCGUAGAUGAUCUAAGAGAACAAUUAUCAUUGUUAUGAUUACAGUUUACGUUAAAAAUUUGUCUCUAAUUCACCUCUCAUAAAACCAUUUGUAAUUUAACAUUUUUUCCAAUAUAGACCAAUGAUAAAGUAUUUUAUAUUAAUCCAUACAUAAAUUCCAAUUUAAGAUACUUAAUAAUAAUUUAAUAAAAUAUGUAUUGUAUGUAACAUGUUAUAAAAAAAAAAUACUGUGUGAUACAAA